CCCCCCUUCUCUCUUCCUCCUCCUCCUCCUCUUCCUCCUCCUCCUCCUCUUAACUUGGCCACGGCGGCGCGGGGCGGUGCGCUUCGCCCUGCGCCGGCGACGGGGGAUGUGCGGGCGGCGGCGGGAUGGCUUCGGCCGUGUUUGAGGGCACCUCGCUGGUGAACAUGUACGUGCGGGGCUGCUGGGUGAACGGGAUCCGGCGGCUCAUCAUCAGCCGGCGGGGCGACGAGGAGGAGUUCUACGAGAUCCGCACCGAGUGGUCGGACCGCAACAUCCUCUACCUGCACCGCAGCUACUCUGACCUCGGCCGCCUCUUUAAGCGGCUCCUCGACUCCUUUCCUGAGGACCGGCCCGAGCUGUCCCGCUCCCCUUUGCUCCAAGGGCUCAUCACAAUAAAAGAAGCCCAUGAUAUAGAAGCCAGACUUAAUGAAGUGGAAAAGCUUCUGAAGACUAUUAUAAACAUGCCCUGGAAGUAUUCAAGAUCUGAAGUUGUCCUCACAUUCUUUGAGAGAUCUCCUUUGGACCAAGUUCUGAAAAAUGACAAUGUCCAUAAAAUUCAGCCAAAUUUUCAAAGUCCAGUUAAAAUAUCAGAAAUCAUGCGAUCAAAUGGAUUUUGUUUAGCCAACACUGAAACAAUAGUCAUUGACCACAGUAUACCUAAUGGAAAAGAGAAGCACCUGGAUGUAGAUUCAGCAGAACAUUUGUUCGAAAGUGUUAGUGACUUUACCUCAGAGCUAGAAGACAGUGAUGAUCCAACAGCUUAUGUCACCAAUUUGACAUACUACCACCUGGUUCCAUUUGAGACUGACAUUCUGGACUGAGACUGCUCAAGGAUGCAGUCAGCCAGCAUCCAGCCAACCUCUUCAUCUAUAGGCUCUGCUAUCUCUGGCAUUGCAACUCUGUGAAUAAGGCUGUGCAGACAAGACCAACAGCAGAGAAGCUGCAGCAAGUACACCACAAAGCUGAUUUUGUAGUGUGGUCCUCCGUUGUGUAUUAUGGAGACAUCUUGUAAGGAGAUUACUGCUUUGCUGUUGACAACAAACUCGUUUUCUGUGAAAGCAAAGCAGCAGAGGCCUCUUGGGGCUGAAGGAAAUCUCUACCGUGCCUGUGGGAACUGCCACUCUGAUGCAGCCGUCAGAAACUUGUGCUGUGGUACUCUGUCAGCCGUGCUCCUCGGCUUGCAGUGCAAUUUGAGGCUUCCUCUUUUAGGAUACCAGCAGAAACCUCCCCAGAUGGUGUGACCACGCUUUUUAUGAUGUGCAAGCAAGAAGACAAGCAAAGCAGCUGAACUUUGUCAGUUCCCUCUGCAGUUGCUUAAUAGAGGUCUUGUGGGUCGCUUUUUGCUCAGCUACUGGUUGAUUGGUGCCUUACACGAGAUGUCAGAAAUACCAUUGAGUGCCUCCAGGAAACAGAACACAUGAGCUGAUGGCUUUACUUCUUUUAAUCGUGGGCUUUUAUAUAAUCACUGAAAGGGUGACUGCUCUUUCCUGGAAUAGUAAAGCAGGCAGCAGCUGGCAUUGCAGUGGACUGUGCAUGAUGUUUGGGUACCCAUACAGUUUCAGAACUCUGGAAAGCUGAUGGGAAAGCUGAGCUGCUCUGCUAAGAAGGGUCAAGGCUAUGGCAGGCACUUUGAUACAACUUUUUUUUUUAUGAGGACCAGCAUAUGUGAAUGGUGCUUACAGUUGUUUACAUCAGAGAAAUAAUUCCCUAUGCAUAUUUCUUCCCAGGGCUGGGAAGGAAGACA